UUGAUUCAUCCAACCCGGAGGAAGCAAGAAGAAUUUCUUCUGUUGCAACUGAGAAAGAAGUGCAGGAUUCUGAUGCUACCCCUGAUGCUCUGCAAUCAGAUCAAGAAGGAAGUGCAUGUACCUCACCACUGCAGAGACCUGUGCAGAGUCCUAAUACUGAUUAUCGCCCAUUGCAAUCUAGAGAGGAAAGACCACCUGUUAUAUGUGAAAAGAUAUCAAAAGACAGUGUAGCCGAAAAAGGAGUGUGGGAUUCUGAUGCUUCUGCCAAUGCACGGAAAUCAGAGCAAUGGAGCAUAUGCUCUUUACCACAUGUGGAACCCUUGCAGAGUACUAGCACUAUUCCACGUGCAUUGCAUGGUGGUCAGGGUGGUCCCUCUAUAGCACGUGAAAAAGUCUCCAAGGAUGGAUAUAACUGGAGAAAAUAUGGCCAGAAAAAUGUUAAGGGCAAUGAAUAUGUAAGGAGCUAUUACAAGUGCACACAUUCCAACUGCCCAGCGAAGAAGCAAUUGGAGCAGUCAAAUAACGGACAAAUUACAGAUACCAUUUGCAUUGGUCAGCAUAAUCAUCCUCAAGUGAACAGUCCACGAGCUGUCGAAGAAAAAUCAAAUAAGCCCUCUCUAGCCAACAUGGAAGACAAAACAUCCAUUGGGCAUGGAUGUGUGCCUCAACCGAACAAGUCUCUAGAAACUCAUCCAGUUUCAACAGUUUCCACGGUUGAUGAGGUCAAAGCUGCACCUUUACAGUCGACUAGAACAAGGGAUGAGGUUCUUGCCAAUGAGGAUCCUGAGUCAAAACGCCUGAAGAAAAACAUUAGCAAUGCUGAUGCCUCUGGGGCUGAGAAGUCAGUUGGUGAAUCUCGUUAUGUCGUUCAGACUUCAAGUGAGGUUGAUUUUAUUAAUGAUGGAUACCGUUGGCGCAAGUAUGGGCAGAAACUGGUAAAAGGAAAUCCAAAUCCAAGAAGUUAUUACCGGUGCUCGAGUCCUGGAUGCCCUGUCAAAAAGCAUGUGGAAAGGGCCUCUCAUGAUCAAAAAAUUGUGAUUACCACAUAUGAGGGACAUCAUGAUCAUGAAAGCCCCUCUGGAACGACUGUUAUUCAUAACGGAGCAGCAGAUACUUCCACAACAAUCAUCGAUAGUGACUCAGGAACCAAAUCUGGGGAAAACUCUGUUUGUGUUAAACCGGCAGAACAACAGAUUUGCUUGCACCUAGAAAGCAGGCCACGGGAGCAACCAAAUGGUGAGCAAAUUGCUAAACCAAAGACUUGUGACAUGGAUGAAUCUCAAGGGAUCGCUACGGGAGUCUCUGAAAGCCCUUCAAGUGAGAAAGAACAAAAUGGCAACACGGGCGCAGGAAAUGAUUCAGGCGUCCAUGGUACCACGUGCCAUUCAGGUUCUGAGCUUCCUUGUAGAUUAAACAAACAGCAGAAAGAAGAGGUAUCAGAAGAAAGUAAGUUAAACAAACGAUCUGAACCUGAUGCAGAUCCUGUCCAAAGCUAAAUUGGCAAUGCUCUUCAAAGUUGAAGCUAGUUUACUGAGGACCAAAAUAGCUGACAAUAACAUAGGUGAUGCAGGAAUAAGUUAAGUAUUAUAUGGGAUGAUGAUUGUUGUCUCUAUUCUAACCUUUUGUUUUCGCUUGCACCCUCUUGCUCUCGUCUUAGAAUUUGGAAAGGUUUACUAAUAAUAUAAGGGGAUAUUACUACAUUGGACAUUACUUGUAUACUACUAUUUAUAUGGGAUAAAUAAGUGAAGGAUGUACAAAAUCUUGUGGAUCUAUCUUAGUUUUCAUUUCCUUUUUUUUUUUUUUUUGACAAUGUAUUGUCAACUUUAGUAAUGUGCAGUUGUUGUUGUUGGCA